CCGGCUGGCACGCUGUCUGAUCCGGUUUUAUAAAUAACAUCAACCUAUUUUUGUGAGACAGGCGCUGUCUGUGGCGAUUCUCUUGCUUGACAUCGGGGAAAUGAUGCCUUACCAUUAAGGUUUACCUUCAUUUGUAGGUCACUAAUUCGAAUAGACCAGCCUUACGUUAGAUAGUCCUUAUUAAGGUUUAUUAUACUGGCGAAUAAGGCUAUACCCAGUGAAACUUACGGAGGACCUGUCAUUGAAGGUAGUGUAAACUUUUAGCAUAGCUAUGUGGGCAUUCCUUGGUAUUUUUAGUUUCACAUAUGUUUACAAGAAAUUUGACGCUAUACUAUCUUUGACGCACAAAGAUAUAGUUUUUGGUUUAUGUGUUUUCGUUGCCACUGUCCUUGUACUUUUGUUAGUUGCUUAUCGCUAUGGACAAAUCCAAAAACUACCCUUGCUUUUUCGCACGGUGGUGGACAUUGUGUCCUCCUUGCCACUUGCUCAUAUCGUCUUCACCAAGUCCGUUCCAGAGGAAUGCUGUCGUGGAGAAGAUACGUGCGUUAAGGUACGCACCUGUAGAAGCGGAGCAUGUGAAGCAGAGAACACCUGUGCGGCGACUGUGCCUCCUCCAGACCCCGAUGUCAUUAUCGUCGGGGCCGGAGUCUUGGGCUCUGCCAUGGCAGCGGUUUUAGGUCGUGAUGGUCGUCGGGUCACAGUGAUUGAGAGGGAUCUCCGUGAACCUGAUAGGAUAGUGGGCGAGUUAUUGCAACCAGGUGGAUAUCGUGCACUGAAAGAGCUUGGCUUAGAAGGUUCGGUCGAAGGUCUGGAUGCUCACAUAGUGAAUGGCUACGUGCUGCAUGACACAGAGAGUGGGACAGCAAUUGGGAUCCCCUACCCUCAGGAGAAGAGUGAGGUUCAGUGUGGUCGGGCCUUCCAUCAUGGCCGCUUCAUCAUGGGCCUACGUUGUGCAGCGUUAGCUGAGCCUAAUGUUCGUUUUAUAGAGGGCACAGUGACUACCUUGGAGGAGGAGAAUGGCUGUGUGACUGGGAUCCAGUACAGGGACAAGGAGUCUGGAAACACACAGACAGUCUCUGCUCCUUUGACUGUGGUGGCUGAUGGCUGCUUUUCCAAGUUCAGGAAAGGUCUUGGCUCAGGGAAAGUGCACACCUCCUCUCACUUUGUGGGGUGCAUCAUGAAGGACUCCCCCCAGUUCAGACCCAACCAUGCUGAGGUGGUGCUGGCCGACCCCAGCCCCAUCCUCAUCUACCAGAUCUCCUCCACAGACACCCGCGUGCUGGUGGACAUCCGCGGGGACCUGCCUAGGAACCUCAAUGAGUACAUGACCAACAGGAUUUACCCUCAGAUGCCAGAACACAUCAAGGAGCCGUUCCUGGAGGCCCUGCAGAAUGAUCGCCUGAGGUCCAUGCCUGCAAAUUUCCUUCCUGCCUUCCCAGUGAACAAAUGUGGUGUGCUUGUGCUGGGCGAUGCCUACAACAUGCGCCAUCCACUGACUGGGAGUGGUAUGAGUGUAGCGCUCAAUGACCUGAGGAUAUGGAGAGGCCUCCUGAGAGGUAUCCCCGACCUGCAUGAUAACAUAGCCUUGAUACAGGCGAAGAAGAAGUUCCACUGGGAGAGAAAGGCAUCACACUCGUUCGUAGUGAACAUUCUUGCAGAGGCCCUCUAUGAACUCUUUGCUGCCACUGACAGCUCACUGCAUCAACUAAGACAAGCUUGCCUCCAUUACUUCCAACUGGGAGGGGAGUGUAUAUCUGGGCCUGUUGGACUGCUGUCAGUGCUGACGCCCCAUCCCAGGACACUGAUUGGCCACUUCCUUGGGGUGGCGCUGUACGCCAUGUACUUCAGCUUCAAAUGUGAGCCGUGGUGGAUGAAGCCUCGUGCCAUUCUGAGCAGCGUGGCAAUUCUGUACCGUGCCUGUGCCGUCAUGGUCCCUCUCAUCUUCUCUGAGUUUAAGUACCUUAUAUAUUAAAUGAAUGGUCUUACCGUGUAUGUGCUAUCCUCCAUAAUGACACCUUUUCACCCAGCCUAAUCGCCCAUUAACGGUGCUCAGGAAAUCAACACAACUGCGUUCCUAUUCAUUAAGAGAAUUCAUAAAUCAAGCAUCAAUUCCAACCUCGUAGCUAUGGAAGACCUUUACUGGGAGAGGGUUUUUUAUGUUUCAAAUUCAAAUUGUUCAUGUAGUUAUAUAAUUUAUUCCAUCAGUUUGUGUGCUGCUCUGUGAUAGUUUAGACGGUGAAAUGUAUCCCCACGCAACUCAUUCCAGAAAGAAUCAUCCAAAGCUGUACCCUUGUAGGAGGUGCAUACUUACUCAUUUAGGAUUACAGGAACUGUGUACGCGCAGUGUACUCACAGUAUAGAUGGGUAAUCUGUGAUGUGAUAAAAUACAGUAUAUUCUUA